AUGUCAGGUGAGAAGAUUCAAGCCAUCCUGGACAAAUCUCGCGAUCCUCCGGCUAUCGACAGUCUGGCCCUCUAUCUCAAGCGAUAUGUUGAUGUCGCUCUGUAUGCCUUGGAGGACAAGUCGUAUGUCAUACAGUUAAAGCUUGUCAACAUCGGACUACGACCCAAUCUCAAGGGUUGUGUCCAUUGCAUAAUGACUUGGCCCGAAUAUGUCCGCAAGUUCAUGCUGAUUCUUCGGUUUGUCCUCUGCGCUGCUCGCGGUGAUUUCCCCAACGACUUCUCCUUGCCGCUCAUGGAGGUCCAGGGGGCCUUCGCCCAGGACUUGAUGAUGCAUCUCGAGAACGCACAUGACACGGAUGCCCAGCCUGCUGGUCUCGAACAGCUCAAAACCAACCACGAGGAGAAGGCUUUAAUGAACUGUUUCAGCAAGGAUUGUCAUAUCAUGAAGUCACUCCACAGCCUCCUCUGGUCCCUCGUCUCACACAAGAAGCUCGGGUGUGACCCCAGCAAGUUCUACACCCCGUUGUACAACUAUCUUGUCCUCAGCUCCUACAAUGCGCAGGGCCACCUCAAGGUGUUCUAUAUUCUCAAGAGCAGGACGUUCCUUAUCUCAAAAUAUUCCCUCUCAUCCAGCCAUGUCUCCUUGUUGAGUUGUAUUGUGUCCACCAUCUGCCUCGACAACGAAGGCAUGCCGUGGAUCAACUUUGUGGACAAGAAGUUCAAGAGCUGGGUGUAUCACGGCAAGAUUCUGAGCAUGCAGAAGCUUGGUGACGUGAUGUUCAAAGGCAUCGCCGAGGCCAUGGAUCUCAUCUGGCGCAAGAUUCUUUGCAGUAUCCCCUCCAAUGACGACGCACUCGGGUUCAAGCGAACUGGCCUGGUUGACUCCCCGCAGAACAUGUUGUUACAUUACUGGUUCCUUCAGCACCAAGAGAACAACUUUGAACAAUAUCGCGAUGACCUCUUGCAACUCUGGAUCGGAAACGAGCACACCCGCAAACGUUUCAUCAACACCAAGGCCAAGGACAACAAAAUUGAGCAUGUCUAUGCCGCCUACAAUUGCAUCCAGCAGAUCCUCCUCGCUGUCACCUGGUUUGCCUGCAGUCCCCCCGGUCACGCAACGGAAUGGCAGGUGCUUAUCAGCAUGAACUCGCAGCAGGGACAUAUGCGUAGCCUCUACAUUUUCACGGAUGAAUCGUACCUCGUCACCAGUUACCACAAGAACUUCGGUGCGACUGGCAAGCAGAAGGUUACCACCAAACUAGUGCCGACCCAGGUUCAGGAACUUCUGCUGUGGUCGGAGGUCGUCCUACAGCCUGCAAUGGAAUACUUGUUGGAGGUCACUCACGGAGCCAAAGCACACAUGCACAUGUAUGACAAUAUCUUCCCUUUGGCUAGUCAGACUCAAUGGCCCAACGCCAUCAACACCGCGUUCCCUGAACUCAUGCGCAAAUACCUUGGCAUCAAGCUGACCGUUCACAAUGCACGUGCCACUUCUGCCGCACUAGAAGCAUUCACCCUCAACAUUGACGCUGAGACCUGCCAGCAGAAGUUGCACAAGUUCCAUUGGUCCGCAUCAGAUCAGCAAAUGCACUUGCCAGCAACCGAGGACCGGUACUACGCGUUAACCACCUCCAUGCUGAAGCAUAUCAGCGCGUACCAGCUGCAAGGAUACACAUAUACCUCACAAGUUCAUCAGGCGGCACUUGGUUUUUGUUCCCAUCCUGACGUGGAAGAAAUUACCGACAUGGCCGCUCCUCUUAUGGUUCACACGGUUGCUGUUGCCGUGCCCACGUUCGAGUCCCAGAAGGAGAUAGCGCAGCUUGUGCUCAAUGGUGUGGCAGGCACGCUGAAUGAGUCAUUUGCCCACACCGUCACCUCCAUCCUGUCUCGUAUCCCCAGCGUAUCCAAGUUGAAGUGCACCGCAGAGAAGCAGAGAGUGCUGCCAUUGACUCUCAGAUGUGUUUGGGAUCUGCUCGACAACCAGGACACGUUGUUCCACAUCCCUGAGCAGGGAGUCGCUGUUAUGAAGGCCCUGGCUGGCACGUUUAAUCUGCAGCUCAUAUUACUCACGGCUACCGCACCGACCCGCAUCAUUCUGGCGCUGCUGAAAGCCGCGGGCCGUUGUAAUAUUCAUACCAUUUGUGCUCCUGUGACUCGCCCUGAGAUCAAAUAUCAAUAUCACUACUUCAACAGCAAGUGCAAGGCCCUCAAGCUCAUCGCAGCACAGUACUGCAAGGCACACAAAUCAUACAAGGUACGGUGGACCGAAGUCGGGCCAGUCAUUGCCGCGACUUUAGCCCUUGGUUAUGGCGUCAACGUCCCGCACGUCCGUGACGUGUUCUUCUUUGGGCUUCCUGGCAAUUUCCUGCUGGCGGAGAAAGAGGCUGGUAGGGUCGGUCGCAACAGGAUGCCUGCAAACACAUGGUUUAUCGAUGUCAAUGAUCCGGCAUUCUUUCGCCACCCUCCUUCGACACACAACCUUCUCGGUGACGAGGAUAUCAUUCCCGCCCUCCACCCUGACGAUUGCUUGCGGCUGCCAUUCAGCCAGUUCUUCAAUGACAUCAACGUAUCUUGCCCCGAGCUACGAAAUGGCCAGCUUUGCAUGAACUGCAAGCGCAAUGUGCUUGGUCCCCACCCGAACCUAUUCUCUUGUGAAGAUGCUUCGUGGGGGGAGUCAGUUAUCCAUCUGUACCUCCCGGAGACGAGCCAGAUACCAGGCACUAGGGCAAUGGUGAACCUGGGCCUCCGCGACUUGGAUAAGCUUCGUGCGAGACAACCUGUAACAUGUGCCCCAGUUCCUUUCCCUGCUGCUGCCCCUAUUCCUGCCCCUCCCUCCCGCCCUUCCAUCCGUGCACUUCCUUCCCCCCCUUCCACGAAGCACGGCAAUGGUCAGGCAGUGGAACCGUGGUUGGACAGCUUGUACGGCAUGUUUUUCAACGACGGUGAUGUUGAUUUGUACAUGAACAUUGAUACAGAGGUGCUGGCUCAGCAAUUCCCACACAGUGACGCUCUCCGCAGCUAUGUCACGACUGCAGCACCAUUCCCAAUCCAUUCCUCCCUGGCUCCUCAAGCAUUCAGCGAUCAUGUCGAUGCAAACUCAAGCACCUACUUUCUCGCCCCUGGUUCAUCUGUCUCCCACUGUCUCCCUGUGCCACUAUCCAUGGCCGCGCUCUCAGUGUUGUAUCCCCAGCAUCAAGACGACGUGUUCAGUAAUCCGUCUACAGCUGGCCACCAUUUCAGUGCUGGUCCCAUGCCUCCUGCGCGUUGCCCUCUGCCACCUUCUCUCCCACAGUCUCCAACGCCAGUUACCGACAUACAGAGAAAAAUGUGCACUGUGUCCUUCCACGCGACGCUGUCCGAGUAA